AAGUUGGAUAGAGUUUCAGCGGCUACUAUAUAUAAAGCAGCCGGGGGGCCUUAUGUCACCGCGCUAAUUAAAUUCCGUCGGGCCGCUUCUCUCUGGGGGCUUCUUUUGGGAGCCCCUCACCCACCUCCAGGAGGCACAGAGGCGAAGGGCGAGAGCAUGAUGAUGGACCUUUUUGAAUCCGGCUCCUAUUUCUUCUACUUGGACGGGGAGAAUGGAGCCCUGCAGCAGCUGGACAUGGCCGAGGGCUCGCCGCUGUACCCGGGCAGCGAUGGCACCCUCUCGCCCUCCUCCUGCCAGGACCAGCUGGCCCCGGAGGCCGGCGGCAGCAGCGACAGCAGCGGCGAGGAGCAGCACGUGUUGGCCCCGCCGGGCCUCCAGCCGCCUCACUGCCCGGGCCAGUGCCUCAUCUGGGCCUGCAAGACCUGCAAGAGGAAAUCGGCGCCCACCGACCGGCGGAAGGCGGCGACGUUGCGCGAGAGGAGGCGCCUCAAGAAGAUCAACGAGGCCUUCGAGGCCUUGAAGAGGCGCACGGUGGCCAACCCCAACCAGAGGCUGCCCAAAGUGGAGAUCCUGCGCAGCGCCAUCAGCUACAUCGAGAGGCUCCAGGACCUCCUGCACAGGCUCGAUCAGCAGGACAAAAGCCAGGAGCUCUUACUGCCCGCCGGCGCCGACGCUUUCAGCUUCAGUCCCAAGCAGGGAAACAUGCCCACUUCCGACUUCCUGAGCACCUGCAGCGCCGACUGGCCGAGCGGGUCUGAGCAUUCCAGGGCGCUGCCGAUCAGCUCCAAGGAAGGAGCGUCCCUCGUCGACUCGUCAGCUUCAAGCAGCCUCCGCUGCCUCUCCUCGAUCGUGGACAGUAUCUCUUCGGAAGACCGCAAAGUUCCCAACGGGGAGGAAGCGGUCGUGGAGAAGUAGCGAUCGGGUAGUAUUUUUGGAAGUAGACACAGCAUAAGGAACUGUCUCUCCCCUUCGCCCUUUAGACUAAAUCGUGAAUUAAUUUAAUCUUCUGGAAAUCCUAGAUGGGGGGAGUCGUUGUGAAGCGGCACAGCUGAACAAAUACAAAACGCAUCUUCCGAAAGGGCAGCGUUAACCGCAGACGAGGAGCGCCACACAGUUCAGCCCCCCUCCCCUCACUCUUUUUCUCUUUCUGCGGUAUUCUGAUUUUAACUUAAAGUGGCCUCGACCACCCUUCCCUCGCCCUCUACUACCAUUAAUAUAUUGCCUUGUGGGUUGAGUGAGGAUCUUCUUUGUAUAGUGUACGAAAGCAAUGUUCAUUCCUGUUCGAAGGAAGCUCCUGGUUGCGUUUGAUUAUUUAAAGAAACAACAGUUCCCGAGAACUAGGGUUGGUGUUUGUGUGUGGAUUUGGGUGUUUUUGGUUUUUGUAUAUACUUUUAGUACUUAUAUAUAUUUAAAAUGCGGAAUCUGAUCUUGUAUAUAAGAACAGCCGGAUAAAGUUUCCAAGGGUGUAAAAUAAAA